AUUAUCAUUAUUCCAUGGAGUCACACACGCGAUUUUGACCGACCUCACCCACGUUCGGCAGCUCUUUUUCUAUCGAAGUAAAGCAACAACUCGUUAGUCCGUGUGUUAAACCGUGAAAAUGUCUACGUUAGCAAGUCCUCUUUCCGUUGGCGGCACAAGACAAUCUGGUGCUCCAGUUCGCACGCAAAAUGUUAUGGCAGCAUGUGCCAUCGCUAACAUCGUAAAGAGUUCCUUGGGACCUGUUGGCUUAGACAAAAUGCUCGUCGAUGAUAUCGGUGAUGUAACUGUUACCAACGACGGAGCUACUAUACUGCGUCUCCUUGAAGUCGAACAUCCAGCCGCUCGCGUAUUGGUGGAACUGGCACAACUUCAAGAUGACGAAGUUGGUGAUGGAACAACAUCUGUUGUAAUUAUUGCUGCAGAACUAUUGAAGAAUGCCGAUGAACUAGUUAAGCAAAAGAUUCAUCCGACUUCUGUGAUUAGCGGAUAUCGUCUUGCAUGCAAAGAAGCGUGUAAGUAUAUUCAAGAACACUUGACUAUCGGAGUUGAUGAGCUCGGCAGAGACUGUCUGGUCAAUGUAGCCAAGACGUCAAUGUCAAGUAAGAUUAUCGGGGCUGAUGCGGACUUUUUUGCUAAUAUGGUCGUGGAUGCAGCGAAUGCUGUGAAAAUCCAUGAUAACAGAGGAGUAGCCUUGUAUCCAGUGAAAGCUGUUAAUGUGUUAAAAGCUCAUGGAAAGAGUGCACGCGAGUCUAUCCUUGUGCCCGGUUAUGCUUUAAAUUGUACAGUGGCAUCACAAGCGAUGCCCAAGAAGAUAGUUAAUGCAAAAAUUGCAUGCCUAGACUUUUCGCUUCAGAAAGCCAAAAUGAAGUUGGGAGUUGAAGUACUGAUCACUGAUCCUGAAAAAUUGGAGGGCGUUCGUCAACGUGAAUCUGAUAUCACCAAGGAACGUAUCCAAAAAAUCCUUUCUGUUGGCACUAACGUUGUUCUCGUUAGUGGCGGCAUCGACGACCUCUGUCUUAAGUAUUUUGUCGAAGCUGGUGCAUUGGCAGUUCGUAGGUGUAAAAAAGCUGAUUUGAAACGAAUCGCCAAAGCAACUGGUGCUCACUUCCUUACGUCUUUGACGAAUAUGGAAGGAGAGGAAAGCUUUGAUGCCAACUUCUUAGGCGAGGCUGCAGAAGUUGUUCAAGAAAAUGUUUGUGACGAUGAGCUGAUCCUUAUUAAAGGCCCAAAAGCCCGUACAGCAGCUUCCGUGAUUUUGCGUGGUCCGAACGACUUCUAUUGUGAUGAAAUGGAACGAUCUGUGCAUGAUGCACUAUGUGUCGUGAAGAGAGUACUCGAAAGCAAAUCGGUAGUGGCUGGUGGUGGUUGCGUUGAAGCUGCCUUGUCAAUCUAUCUUGAAAACUUUGCAACGUCUUUGAGUUCCAGAGAACAGCUGGCCAUUGCAGAAUUUGCUCGAUCUCUCCUGGUUAUACCAAAAACAUUAGCCGUCAAUGCUGCACAAGAUGCAACAGACCUUGUUGCUAAAUUGAGAGCAUAUCAUAAUUCUAGCCAGACCAAGGCUGAUAACGCCCAUCUUAAAUGGGUUGGCCUUGAUCUGAUUGAAGGUGUUGUCAAGGACAACAAAAAAGCAGGCGUACUGGAGCCAGCAGUAUCUAAGAUAAAAUCUUUGAAGUUUGCGACUGAAGCAGCAAUUACUAUUCUGCGAAUUGACGACAUGAUCAAAUUAGACCCGGAGCGAAGCAAUGAUAGAUCCUACCAGGACGCAAUGGCUGCCGGUGAUCUAGACGGAUAAGAGUGAAUGUUAUUUAAGCUUUCUUGUUUUCAUUUCAACUUCUCAUUGAAUUAUUGAGCAGGACUUCUUAACGUCACAUGGACACGCAUAAUUUAAUUAACGUAACUAUCACGUAAUUAAUUAGGGUAACGUUGUACCGGAGACGUACAUUGUCACACAUUCAUUUUUUAAGUUAAUAAAAAAUAACCGAUUUGCUAACAACAACGAUAAAGUUGAUAAAUAAAGCUUUAUAAAACAAA